AUGUCCUACGUUCCUUUUCCUCCCUCUCGGAGCUCGCCCGCUUUCAUCUUCGCCAUCAGCGCCACCGUCACCACCGUCCUCCCAGGCUCCGUCGCCACCCGCACCUCGAAAGCCGAGCCGCCCAGCCCCCUUCCGCUCCGUGGAUACCUGUCCCCGCCAACCACGGAUCCGCUGCCGGCUUGCGACUGCGACCCGUCGGUGGUGGCGGCGACGGCGGCGACGGCAGACUUGGAUAUCGACCGCGCCGGCAAGUUGGAGGGCGCCUUUUCCCCGUACGCGGAGCAGGUGCUCGUGUGCACGGGUAAGGACGAUUGGGCGAGUAGGGUGGAGGAGGAUGAGGGCGCGGAUGGGGGUGGGGAUGUGUUGAGAGGAUUCAAGGCGCUGUUUGGGCGAGGGGGACGCUUUUCUGACCCCUUCCACAACGUCUCCUUCCUCGCCUCCUCCUUCCCUUCCCCGGGCCCCCACCCCGCCGCGUACCUCCUCCCAUCCUUCACCUACAUCCCUUCCAUAGACCCCUCCCAGGACUCUCUCGUCUCCCUUUCCAAGUCCCUCCUCCUCCCCGAAACCCUACAUCCAAUGCACGCCAUCCUCGAUCCGGAGCAUCGUUCUUGCCUCACUCGCGCGCCGCCUUCUCCUUCCUCCUCCUUCUCAAUCUCUUCUAUUCCCGACCCUGUCCCCGUCCAAGAUGUCAUGAUUCUUAUCUGCGGCCACGGCGGCCGCGACCUCCGCUGCGGCAUCCUCGGCCCCCUCCUCCGCCUUGCCUUCCGGCGCACUCUCGCUCGCACUCAAGGCAUAUCUCUCCUCGAUGACGACUCUUACCCUCAGGCGCCCUCCCAGCCAUCACCGUCAUCGUCCCCGUCAACCCGUGUCCCCGCGGAGCAGAUGACCGCCCGCGUCGGCCUCAUUUCCCACAUUGGCGGCCACAAGUUUGCCGGUAACAUCAUCAUCUACGUGCCCCCACAUGCCACCCUCCCUAGUCCUAGUUCUAGUUCUAGUACCGGCCUCCCUCACCCGCUCGCUGGCUGCAGUGUUUGGUACGGCCGCGUCAGCCCCGAGCAUGCCGAGGGCAUUGUACGGGAAACGGUACUCGCGGGAAACGUCGUCCGCGAACACUUUAGAGGCGGGCUUGAUGCGGAGAGAAAGUUGAUGAGAAUCUGA